CAAAACGCAACCGGAAGUGGCUGAACCACAUGGACAAGUGUGUUGCCAUAUCUGAAUGUGGACAUUUCUAACGAGUAAAUAGUUUUGUCAAAGUUGUUUGUCAUGUUGCGAAGAGCGUUUAAGCGGUCGGGGAUCGAGUCCCACUCUCAGGCAGAAGACACACAUGCUAAGCGAAACAGAGAAGAUGCUUCUCUCGGUAUAAACAAUCGUGAGACAAUUGGAAAUGAAACUACAGAUAGAGAACUUGAAGGGAUCGUCUUUGGUGGUGAUUUGCUGAGCGAAAUUGAUCAUGGUUUGUUAAAAAACGAAAGGAAAACCCAAAUGAAAAAAUGUGUUUUCAGUAUGGAUGAGCAGAAACCUGCAUGGGAUGAUGAGUUUGAGGAAACCGAAACAAAAAUUGGGCAACCGCCAGUGCCUAACUGGGCCAAGCUGGAACGCGAUGAUCUUGAUCGUGACGUUGAAAAGUUGCUCCAUCGUACAGGUGACUUCUUAGUUGAAUCUACUUCCCUCCCUUCAGGCCUGCUGCAAAUCAAGAAACUAGCUGAUGCUAAUGCAGAUGACACGAGAGGAAGCAAGAUCCAGAAUGUGGAGUUCCACCCUACAGCCAAGGUGAUUUUAACAGCAGGAUCAUCACACAGACUCAACCUCUUUCAGAUUGAUGGAAAACACAACCCCAAAAUCCAGAGUGUCUUUUUUGAUGACUUCCCAAUACAUUCAGCUCACUUCACCAAAAAUGGUGACGAGAUCAUUGUUGGGUCGGAUCGCAAGAAUUUUAUGUUUUAUGAUAUGAUAGGAGGUAAAGUGGGUAACGUACCUAAGAUGAAAAGACUGGAAGGUAGUAAUUUGGCCAGGUUUGAAGUGUCACCUGAUGGCAGAUAUCUAGUCUUUCUUGGCAAAUACGGGUCAAUGCAUGUUCUUAGCGCGAAAACAAAGGAAUGGAUUACAUCUUUGAAAAUGAAUGGGGAUGUCUAUUGUGUAUCUUUCACAAGAGAUGGUACAAGGAUGUUUUCUUUUGGAGACACUGGCACUGUGUUUGUGUGGGACAUGAAUACUCUAAGUUGUGUGCACACUUUCAUAGAUGAAGGGUGUGUCCAGGGUACGUCCAUUGCAGUCUCACCAAAUAAUCAAUAUGUUGCAUGUGGCUCCCAAAGCGGCAUUGUCAACAUAUAUGAUACCGAUGUUUGCCAGAAAAGCCGCUCACCAAAACCUCUGAAGGCCAUUAUGAAUCUUACAACUGUUUGCAACAAAGCCAAGUUUAAUUGCACAUCAGAGAUCCUAGCAAUUCUAUCCAAUGAAAACAUGAAAUCGCUUAAGUUGGUUCAUUUUCCAUCACUACAAGUAUUUUCAAACUUUCCUGAGCAGACAGACAGACAACUGCAGGUCCCCAAGUGUAUUGACUUUUCACCAAACGGAGGCUAUAUGGCUGUUGGCAAUCAGAAAGGGCAGGCCUUGCUCUAUAGAUUAAAACAUUACACUGAAUACUAAUGGAAAUAAUGCUAGUUUCAACAACUCACAUGUUUGUAUUGUUUAGACUGUUUAACUUUGUUAAACCUCAAAGAAAGGAUGUUACAUGGUUAUCAUUAUUAAACUGUUUGAUAUGUU